UUGGCAUUCUAAAUUGUCUUCUCUCUCUUCUCUCACCCUUUAUUCAAUAGUUUUUUCAUAUUUUCGUGGAUCCCUUCAAUUCUUUUCUCCCCCUCCUUCUCUCCUUAGAAACAAACCCUUCUCUUGUAUUCUUUCAUUCAUUUUAGAUUUUGCAUUUGAAACUCAAUUUCUUAUGCCAUUUUGAUACUUCCCUAUAUGAAAUUAUAAGAAAAAAGGAAAUUGAACAAAGGCUUUUGCAUGUGUGAUCAAUAACAUUCCCUAUAUCAAAAGAAGUUUCAUAAUGAUGAGAAAUGGAUCCAAAAUCAAUGGCUUCUGGAUUUGAAGGAAUAACCAUCUUCCUCAUUUCAAUGUUUUUAUAGCUCCUUCAACGUCUUAAUUCUCUUCAAAGGCAACAAAAGCAUUAAAAUUAGGAUUUUUGCUUCUACAUUUUGCCAUUCUAAUAGGCUACCAUAUUGAGCUUGGGUUUGUGAUUCCACCAUGACGAUUAAAGGGAUCUACAAAAGUUUUAAGUACAUAUCCCAAAUUUUUGUUGUGAAGGAGAGGGAGAUAGAAAUUGGGCAUCCAACAGAUGUUAAGCAUGUGGCUCACAUUGGAUGGGAUGGUCCCAAUGGAAAUGGACCCAGUUGGAUGAAUGGAUUUAAAACGGCACCUGAUUUUUCAACAUCAAUUGGUAGUUUGAGUGACCAAAAAGAUCCUAAUCAAUUGACUGUCUCCACAUCUGGGUUCAAUCAAGAUUUUGAAGAUCCAGCAGGAAACCAACCAAAACCAGUCAUGUACCAAGGCAAUAUUCCAUCAGCUGGGGUUACUCAUCAUGUUCCUAAGAAGCCAAGAAGGAAGAAGCCAAAAUCAACUUCAUCUCCUAAAUCUUCAUCAAGACAAUCAAGAGCAUCAAGGUCAAAGGCUAUGUAUAGUGAGAUAAAUUCUGAGAGAGAAGAAACACCAAUUGCUUAACAUUAACCUAAGGCUCAAUAAUGUGAAAUUUAUGCAAGGAAAAAUGGAUUUUGGCAUUAGUUUGGCAAUGUUAAUAGUAAAAACCAUAUGCAUAGCCUCAAUAUUAAGGACCUAGGGAAUGAAAGAAAUCAAAUAGAGCAAGGUGUUAAAAUUUCCAUGUUGUUUAGUAUCAUAGUUCAUUUUGAGAAAAAUCAAAUUUGUUGCUAACAAGGUCAAGGUGGGAGAAAAACAUUGAGAAGGGACACAUAGAAUUGCUUGUAUAAGUGUGAUUCAGAUUUCAAAGUGAAGUUUUGAAGAAAAUUCUUGAAGUCAAGAA